GGAGAAGGAAUCAGCAUAGCAAAUGGCGUUCGUGAGGUAUUAUAAAACCUUAAAUAUAUUGGGACUUUACUCGAGUCAUUUCUGUUCAACACGUGCACCCCAUUUCUCUUUCAUUCCUUGUAUAUAUCACUGAUCAUUGCGGUCAGCUUUUACAACACACCCCCUACAGUGAUAUCCGCUCUAACUAACUUAUUUUUAACUCCCAGUGCUCAGCCACUAACAAUACCACAAUCUUGAAAUACCUGAAUGAAAUCAUCAGCCACAUUUGCCACGGUUCAUCGCUAAAACGAGGACUAGCAGUACCCCACGUUGUCGAUCCCCCUAAAAUUGUGACGCCAUCGAAUACUAGUUGACGUCUCCAAUACCGGUGCCAAGUAGCCACUAAUGCAUAAAUGAACGAUUAGCUAAGGGGAAGAACUCUUGAUCUAAGCGUUCCAGAGCUAUUCCAAGCUAUUACUUAGUUGUUCUCGCUACCUAUUUCUCGCACAAUCCUAUUUCUCUUUUCUUGUUUUCUAUCCUACUUUUUACUCUACAAUUCUUUAAUACUUUUACAACUAUCAAAUUAUUUGCAUCUGCAGACACAUAUAUCAAUAUACACCUCAAUUCGUUAAUCCUAGUUUUCAACACUUUAUCAUCAUCACAUCAUCACAUCACACCUCUCAAACAUCCAAAACGAUGGCUCCAGCUCUAUCUACCUCUCCCUGCUCCCGCAUCCGCCACCUAACUCCCAACCCACGUCUCCACCUCCAAUUCCACCGCUUACCCUCCCCAACCCACCAACCCCAACUCCCACACCAAACUCCCCAGGGCACCCAACCGUCCAUCCCCUCACGACCCCGCUCCUUCUCAACCGGCACGCACUACCGAACCCCAUGGCCCGGCACCCCUCCCUCCGAAAACGCAGGCACAGACAAGCCUACCGAAAAAUACCAAGUCGAACACGACGAGUCGCAGAAAGCGAAGCAGGAAAAAGCAAAAGGGGAUAGUGGGAGUGCGGGGUUAGAAGGGGAACCGGUGGAUCAGACGAAGGAGGCGAAGAAGAAGGUGAAGGUGGAGUUUCCGAAGGCGGCGAAGCAGGGUCCUAUUAUUGGGAUGGAGGAUGAGAGGGGUGGGGUGAGUUGUUUCUUUUUGUUUUCUUGCUGAUGGGAUGGGAUGUAUGCAGGAGGAUGUGGGAGUAUGAUAAAAAUGGGAAUGGGAAUGUUGGCUAAUGUUAUGUGUGUGAAUAGAAAGGUGCUUAAGGUUUGAGAAAUGAUGGAAUACUUGUGGUACAGUGCGCGCAUAACGGUCAACAAAAAGGCGUCUAUCUUGAAGUAACGAUCGGACAUGUGUGUAAGCUGAUUGAUCAAAACACUACUUGGGCUUAUCACCUUGAAAUCAAAACAACGUAUUCCAUGUACUCAAACAAAA